GCGUGAUUGUCAUCGAGCAUGCGCCCCGCGCGCACCCCCCGGCGUGGCGUUCCAAAUGAGCGAGUGUUGCGAUCCGCGACACCACGCAGCCAUGCGCAUCCCGCGACCCCGCGCUUGCCAACCCCUCGGCCAAGCAGCGCCACUCCCGACCCCGAAAUUGAAGUUAUUUUGCCCAAGCUCAAGGUGCAGGGCGCCGUUGAUGUGAGGAAGACACAGCCGUGUCUCUCGGCUCGACUCGUACCACGUCUUCAAGUCGCGAUCGACAAAUUAGACAAAGCCCGGAACCGACCCGUGGACCACGGCAGCCCACUGCUUACGAAAGCGCGGUUCCGGCAAUGCUUUGACGAGGUGGCAAUGGACAACGAUGAACGCGUCUUUAGCAGCGACAUUGAUAUGCUCUUUAUGUGCCUCGAUACCGAGGGCACGGGCACGUUGCAACGGGGAGCGGUAUCGCGGCAACUGGAGCACUUGAAUGACCACGCACACUUUCACACGAGGGUCGCGGCGCCACCAGUCCACACGGAGAAGAAGCUUUCUCGGCGUCAGCGUCCGACGACACGCAUUUACGAACAAGCGUCGUUCGAGCUACAAGCCCCGCCAAAGCAAACGGCACGGUCUCUUGCGUGGUAGCAGCGUGAGACCCAUUUGUACAGAACCACACAGAUGGCUUGCUGGUCAUCAGUUUUUUGCCGAAACGGUUUGACUCGUGGAGACGCAAAACACAACAAUGGUCUUUCCUACACUGUAUCCGA